AUGUCCUACGACAGGUCAGAACAGCUCUCAGAGGAGCUUUCACGGGUGGAGACCGGGGCGUCGGAGCUGCAACACCAGGAGUUCACCAGGGCCGUUGUGGGCGAGAACUCCGACGAAGGCAGCAGCGCAGAGCGCGCGGCGGCUAAAGAAGAGGACGCGGAAAACGAGCCAGAGAUGCCUGCGGUGCGCCUGCGGCGCACCGAGUCCAAGCUGUCACGCGUGGUGACUGGGUUCUUCUCAGACAGGAUGCACACCGAGCGCAGAACGCUCCUGGGCAAGUUCCUGCUCAACCAUCUGCUGUUGGGGAUGCUGAUUAUGGCGGUGUUCUCGCUGUACUGGGGCGCAAUGUACAAGCGCAGCAGCCAUCUCCACAAAGUCAAGGUGCUGGCGGUAAUUCAAGACGACGGCGGCGACGGCGGCAGCGCGGGCGGAGUGGCCACGGCAAUCCCGCAGCUUCUGGAAAGCGUUCCCGGCACGUGGCACGUGUACAACACGUCGUCGUUCCAGCAGCGGUACGGGGUCGCAGGCGGGGAGAUUGACGCCAAGAUCCACAAGCUCGUGCACGACGAGAAGUACUGGAUGUCGCUUAACGUCAAGCCCAACGCGACCAACGCGCUCCUGGACUCCGUGCGGCGGGCUAGUGCGCCCGCAUUCAACUCGUCGCAGUACUUCGAGGCGUUCUACGAGAGCGGGCGCGACCCCACCAACAUGAAGUCGACCAUUUUGCCGCUGAUGCUGCAGCUGGAGGCGCUGCACCAGAACUACCACGCGAGCGUGUACCUGCCCGCGGUGCUGCAGAACGCGUCACAGACCAUGGCGCAGGCCGCGCGCAACGUCGCGCAGGCGGGUAGGAUGGUGUACGGGCAGGUGGAUAGCCGGCCCUUCAGCGACUACGUGCUGCUGGGACCGCUGCAGGUGGGUCUGAUCUACUGCAUUCUGCUUACGUUUUUCCAGCUCGCGCUUUUCGGGCCCAUCCACGGGCAGAUGGGCCAGAAGCUGAAGCCCUCGCACAUGCUGCUGUACCGCUACACGAUCGCGUUUGUGAACUACUUCUUCCUCUCGUUGUUUUUCUGUCUGGUGUCGCUGGCGUUCCAAGUGGACUACACCAAGACUUUCGGCCGCGGCGGCUUCAUGGUCGCGUGGAUGACGUCGUGGCUGCUGAUGGCCGCUGUCGGCGGGGCCAAUGAGAACAUGAUCACCAUGGUUAUGUCAGUCGCACCGCAGUUCCUGGGCUUCUGGAUGAUCUUCUGGGUCGUCUUGAACAUCUCGCCUUCCUUCUACCCCAUGGACCUGACAAACAAUUUCUACCGCUACGGGUACAUGACGCCUAUAUACAACGGGGUGAUGAUGUUCCGCGUGAUAUUUCUGGACCUGUACCGCGGCAACCUCGGAAGAAACUAUGGCAUUCUGUGCGCGUGGGUGGUGGUGAAUAUGGCCUUGUUUCCGUUCGUGAUGAAGUUCUUUAUUCACCAGAAGAAGAAAGAGGUCAUGAGGGCGGCCGCGGCAAGGAACGCGAGCUGA